AUGGAUCACGUUAAGCUGGUUGAGGACCCCAUUGACAUUGCCCACAUCCACCAAUUGCUAGCUGACGAGGGCUGUGGUGCCUCGUCGGUUUUUGUGGGCACCACGCGCGAUAACUUUCAGGGCAAAAAGGUGGUGUCAUUGGCGUACGAGGCCUACGAUAACAUGGCCCUCAAGGAGAUGAAUAAAAUCUGCUCGGACCUACGUACCAAGUGGCCAGAGUUAAGGCACAUAGUUAUAUAUCAUCGACUGGGAAAUGUGCCCGUCUGCGAAGCCAGUGUAGUCAUAGCCGCCUCCUCACCACACCGAUCCGAUGCCCUGGAGUCUGUCUCGUUUGCCAUUGAUCAGCUCAAGACCCGGGUUCCCAUCUGGAAGAAAGAGAUAUACGAGGGCGAUCACAACAGCGAGUGGAAGGAGAACAAGGAGUCAUUCAGGCCCAAGAGAUCAGUAAGUAAUUUUAACUACUUGGCCUGUCCCUGCAAGGCCGAGGAGUCACCUGACGAAAUUGCUGCACCACAAAAGCUGGUGCAAAUUAGAGUUAAUGAUGCCGAGUUAGCCAAGCGCGUAGAGUGUUUUGUCAACAGCAAGCGGGCCGAAAUCAACUCACAGAACGUAAUUGACUUCAAGGCAGAAGAUAAAGACCUGAGCGAUUCCUGCGCCCGAACGCAAAGCUCCAUAAUAAAGCAGGAAAAGUCAAAUUGUCAUUUGAAAGUACGGCGCGUCAAUAAUCGGUCUGGACCCCAGCAAAUGGCUUUCCGGCCCAACUACGAGCUGGAACUGAAUAAACUAAUGGGAUCGCGUGACUUCGUAACUGACCCAUCCACUGAAAUGAAAAAAACGCUGCAUAAUUCACGUUUACAAACAAUUGAAUUAUACAUGGGCCUGGCAGCCGCACACAGCGACGAGAGUGUUUUUAGCCGAAUCAAAAGAGUGGAAGACAGAAUCCUACAGCUAGAGUCCAUAUCCCCGGAGUACAGACACUUUACAAAUCUCGAACCACCGUCGUCGCUGGCACCGACGCUCCCGAAAAAGAUGCGAAAAAAAUCAUAUUCUGCCCAGGAACUGGGCGCUUUCAUCCAGAAACUCAAGGAUGGUGACAGGGAUUUAAAUAUACAUUUAAAAUAAAUACCAAAUGUCAAUUGGUUUUAAAAUGUAGUAAAAA